AGAUAUAUAUAACUUUCAUCGCUAAGCAAUCGAUAAAAAAAAAUAGCAUUCACAUCCUUAGCUUCUUAGUUAUUAUUCAUGGCAGAAAAAGAUGAAGGACAAGGAUCAGCUAAUCCUCCUCUGGAAAAGCCUAAUGAGGGGUUGCCAAUGUCUUACAAUCAACUUAUGGGAUCAAACAAUCCCAAGAAAACAAGUUGGCCGGAGCUUGUAGGCACUACUUCUGAAGAAGCAAAGAAGAAGAUAAAGGAGGAGAUGGGUGAGGCUGAUAUCCAGCUGAUUCCACCGGGUUAUUCUGUCACUUUUGAUUUUCGAUCCCAACGAGUUCGAAUUUAUGUUGAUGAAUCUGACAAGGUCAUUAGGACUCCCAGCAUUGGCUAGCUUUUCCAAUUCAUCUUGCUAAUUCUGUAAAGAUAUAUUUUAAAUAGGGUAAUGUUCAAGUUU